CAUAAAUUAUCAGCUCUCUCUCUCUCUCUCUCGCUCAUUUAUGUACACCUAUUAGUUAUACGACAGUUGUACUUCCUUUCCCGUGUAAAACUCAAAAGAAAACAUCCAACCAUUCACAAAGAAACAUAACAGAAAAAAUAAUUGAGCUUUGAUACCUCCAUGGAUUUAUCAAGAAUGAAAUUUAUUGGUCUUUGAGUUUCAGGUAGGAAUCAAAGGUCAAGCCAGAGGAAUAAAAAAAAAAGAGAGAAGAGAAAGAGAAGCUACCCUCGUACCUAGAAAAACAAGAAAGAUGGGCAGGUUUUUGCUUGAGACGCAAGCAAGCUCGACAAUAUCAGCUACUGAUGCAAACCCUAGAACUUUAGGAGGCUCUAACAGCGACGCCAAGAAUAUGGCUACCUUGGAUACAAACAUGGUGAUUAUCCUAGCGGCUCUUCUAUGCGCCUUGAUCUGUGCCCUUGGCCUCAAUUCGGUCUUGCGAUGUGUCUUGCGCUGCACAAGGAGAUCCACGCCUAACGAAGAUCCAACUCACUCCAACCCAAACGCAAACCAACCAAAGGGGAUCAAGAAACGGGAUUUGAAGCGGAUCCCCGUUUAUUCAUACAGCUCGGAGCUUAAGACGAAAGCCACGGAGUGUUUGAUCUGCUUAGGAGAGUUUGUGGAGGGAGAAAAGGUUAGGGUUUUGCCGAAAUGUAACCAUGGCUUCCACGUGAAGUGCAUCGACACUUGGUUGCGGUCGCAUUCCUCUUGUCCUACUUGUAGACAACCACUCAUUCUACAUCAAACUCUGGCCGAUGGUUUCCUUCUGGAUGAUGACGGGACGGUCGCAGCGUAACACAGCGUUACUAGGAUAAUAUGGUAAUUGGUAAUGAGCCUGACACGGCAUGCUUGCUUCGGAAUUUUUUUUUAACUUUGCUUAAAUGGGGUUUCCUCGUUUAAUUUGGUCAUUGGUUGUUUGGUUCAUAAUAUUUUGUUUUUUGUGAAUUAACAGUAUUCACUUAUAAAUCAGGGGAGUUUCAUCCACAGUUAUUGUUCUGUAAUCUGUAAUUUGUUUUCCGGGUUAGGUUUGUUUCUUUGUUGUGGGGAAUGUAAAACCGAAAUUAUAACAGGUUCUGAUCGAUUCGGUUCGAUCAGCCUUUAGCUCGGACAAAGUUCGAUUUUGAAUGAAAUAAAUGUAAAUAUGUUGAUUUA